AUGUAUUGCGACGAUAGCAAAGAGGCAUGCGAAUGGCAUUCGGAGAAGGAAGAUGUUGUACAGAAAAUCAAGGAACUGAUGGAGAGCGAAGAGGGUACAUACAUAGAUAGUCUGAUCUUUGUGGCAGACAAAACGGGCGGCAUUCUAACAUUCGUGAAAUACAAUGUGGACUUUCUACUUCUUAUUUUAACAGUGAUAUGUUUCCUGUGGUUUUUAUUCUCUGAAUCAUUCGUGUCGAGAACCUCACUACAUAUUGUUGGUGGUACAUUUCUCUUUAGAUUAACGAAAUAUGUCGAAUUACCAUUUGCAAACUAUUUCAAAUCACUAACCCGUAAAGACAAAACCGAAUAG